ACUAAACUAAGAGUAGUAACAACUAUUCCUUCGCAACUUCGCCCUUCGCACUUACCUUUCGUCCGGUACGUUGUUCAAAUGUUUUUCUGGGAUUAUGUUGGUGAUCUUGAAGGGUUGUGGGAGUAUGCAUGGGGGCAGUCUGUUGGUGACAACCUGUUGAACUCAGUUUAUGCUAUGGGUAAGUGUGUGCAAGACUUUAUGGCGGAUGAGAAGAUUCACAAGCCUACGCUGCUUGGGCCGCAUUUUGCUUUGCUGGUAAGAAAAUGCAGUAAGUUUGUUUUUUUCCGUCCUGUAUUGUUGGUGGGUGAUUACAGUAUGGCUUUAACUACUAAUGUUUGCAAUCAAAAGGUUUGGCUGUAUGAGCAUACUCAAGUGGUAAGUCUACGACUUGGUUGGUAUCUGUUUCCUCGAUUUAGAAACAGGAAGCUUGAGAACCAGGAGUGAGUUCGUCCCAAGGGUGGGUUCGUGAGAUGGAUAAUGAUAGGUUUAUCAUGCAGCCUUUGUAUACGCUGCUGACAGACAGACGAAGAAGCUUUUUUGAUGUAUAGCAACGUGCGUGAGCCGUGCUAAGCAAUCAUAUUAAUAUCCUUCGCUACUUAUUUUGGAUGCUGGUGGCUUGGCUUAUUAACUGCUCUAAACCUUGCAAUGAUCAUGGAGGGCGCGUUUGCACUCGUAUAUUUUAUCGGGUCUGGCACUCGUAUAUUUGCAUAUUCCCGUUCUCGUCCUAUAGCCUAUAGCGGAUCACCUUACCUCAAAUAAGAAAGAACUAACUGGCUAACCCUCGCACUCCAAUAGCCUGCCUCCAAAGCAAGAAACCCAUCUAUAAGUCUAUAAGAGAGCCCUGGCACUAUAGACCCGCAAAAGGGUUGAUCGAUCAACAUGCCAAGAAACUAGAUCUGCUGUUCCACACUUUGUCUUUUAUUUGACGUAUUCGACCUGGCGCCCCAAACAGAAGGCAGAUACUGGCAGAUCUACUCCUUUCCUAUACUAUACUAUACCGCCCCGAUACCCAGUUUCCUUGGGUAAGAACAGAGAUGAAGUCCGUCCCUUAGCCUAGUCUAUAUCCACUAAUGUUGUUGUUUUAUAGAGGAAGACUGUCUUCUCGGGGAAGACAGGCUUUCGAGGACAAAAGGAAAGAUACAUGAAAAAAUCCCAACUUAAAGUAGUGGAAUUGCCAAGCCUAUCGGGUAAGCGAACUGUCUAAGACUGGCGAAGGGAAAGGACUGGUAGGAAACCCAAACUCGGAUAGUUGGGGAAAGGAAUGCAAGUAUGCCAAUGAUAAAGAGUAACCAUCACGCACUUUUCCAGUAGGAAUACAGGCAUUUCGACCUAUCUUUUUUUACUUUGUUAGGGACUCAUUCUUUCUAGCGUACAGUGGCACUUGUCACCAGCUCUGCAACUCGUACAGCUAUUUCUUCCUCCUUUUAACCUACAACAGCGCUAUACCUACUAUUCUCUGGCCUUAUCUUUCAAGAAUGUGCUUGCGCCAGUUGAUCUUUCGGGUAUGAAGCCUAGACAAGUAGAAGGGGAGAGAGUAGCGAGUUGACGAGCGAGUGCUCUGCUCUAUCAUUUAUUACAAGAAAAGUCAAGCUUGAAAACUGCUUCUUCUCAACCAGGAUACGAGCCAAUCCCUAGCCUAGAAGCGAGGAGAGAGGGUAUUUCAAAUUCACAAAGCCAAACUGACAAGCGAGAGCCGGUGAGUAAGGUGGAGGCAGAAAGGAAGUUGUAUGAAUCUCUUUUUCCCGGAAAAGUAUACUUGUGAGGAAAUCAAAACCAAGAGGGCGGCAUCGCUUCGCGCCUUGUUUUUCUGGUAAGGAAAGUCCUAUCCUAGCAAUAAGUGAUGAAAGUAGUACCCAAGCCAUUCGUUGGUCUUUGACCCCUGUAAUAAUGGUUGUCCCGAGCUGUAUGAAAAAAAUCGCUAUCCUUCCGCCAACCUAAAUGAAUGGAAAACUUACUAUCUCUAUCUAUAUCUCUUUAUUCAAGUACCGAUCUUAUUUCCCGGCUCCAAAGAGCAUAUUUUAAUAUUCAAAAUAGAAGAGAGAGAAAACAAAAAAAAACAGGAAUUGCGCUAUCGAGUUCACUGCUUUAGAGAGGGUGCGCAGGGUAUCGUCCCUAUCUCCUCGUGCCCUAGGCUUAUGUAUGUGAAAAAGCAAACAAUGCAAUUUUGUGGAAAUUGGAUUCUCAUCCGUGAGGCCCCAAGUGCUACUUCUCAGGGUAAAGGCAAGACAGCUUGAAAGGUGGAAGCUCUCUAUAGUGUCAGUGCGAGUGGAAUAGGUUCGAUCGAUAUUACUUCGGCGUCGGCGGGUACGGUAGUAUUGUUUGAUCCGUUGAGGAGGAUUUUCUUUUCGCUAACUCAAAAGUCUUUUUCUUCUAUCAAGCAAUGUCUCAGUUCCUUUGAUUGAACACGUGGAUGGAGUAGUUCACUCUGGUUUGAGAAAUAGUGUUAGGGCAUUUAAUUUAGUACCAGAACUUCAGAACUGGGGGAAGACCUUAUAUUAAUAUUAGUAGUAAGGACUAUCAACGCGAGUACAUGCACAUUAAUAACAUAGGUUAACAUUCAAUUCAAGAAAGUGAGAUGAGUUACUUUAUGUUGGAAAGGAGUAAAAGUAAGAGAAACAUGCAUACAUUAGUAAGAAAAAAAGGACAUCGAUAUAUGGGUAACAUAGGCCUCCUCCCGUUCAUUAGUCUUGGGUGGGAUGCUAGUGGGGGCUGAGCAUAAAGCCAGGCUCUUUGUCUUCACUUCCUAUCCGUUUUAUACUGUACGAGCCGAGCUUUACGUCCUACUAAUUUAGUCUUUUCCGAUCAGAUGCUAUUCCGACUUCCCAUUUUUCUACUUUUCUGUUGCUAUAUGCGUAAUUCAGGCUCUCUUUAUGCCCAUGCAUGCAUACACAAAGCAAAGAUGACUUGAAGAUGCCUUACCAAGAAACUGGAAUCUCUAAUCCCUCUUUGGAAUACUCAUACUUCCUUCUACAAGGAAGAAACUGAGCAGCAGAGAUUUUGGCAAUAGCAAAUCAAAUGUCAUUUAUCCUGCUAAGGUACUUUACUUUCCCUUGACUUUGAUUGACUUUCCUUUCCAAAGCUAUGAUCAAGGAAGCAGGCCAGGAAUGCUCUUAUGAGAAAUGGAGAAGCAGGAAUGGUAUUCCCAAGCAAAGAUAGAAAGAAGCCUUGCCUUCCCUUAGACCUGGAGACAUAUCCACCAAGAAACCAGAGAAAGCUAUGAAUGAAACUUCACUUAACUUAUAGUGCUUCGUACGCGUUCAUUACAUGAGAUCUGUUUGCCUGUAGUGUAGUACAUCCCUCCAGUAUUCGAAUGAGCUUGAUUUCUCGAAUUGGUACAAUGCUCUUCUUGUCUCUUCUUCUAAAGAGUGAGAGUGCUGGAGUGGCGUGUCUCUCUAGUAAGGUACAACUAUACCGGAGCUGAUAUCUCUUCCGCGGGUGAUUCUCCGGUAGAGAAGGCAGUGCUUAAUACCGGUAGUUCGACCUUUCCCAACGGAUGCGAUCCAGACCCUUUCUUGGAAAACCACGGCCUGUUGCUAAGAAGGAAAACGAGUCCUCUCCUGUUGCUCAAGCCCAAGAAGUAUCUGACCCUUGGGAGGCAAAGCACUAGAGAACAGAGAUCAUAGGGGAGGAGCUAUCCCCGAGCUCCGGACCAGAACCAGUUUCUCCAACCUGGCCUGCUUCCUUUCCUUUAGCCUUGCUUUUCUUCUGAUUCAGUCCAAAGAUAGAGACAAAAGAAAGGUAAUUAUUGAAUCGGACUUGGCUUCUUUUUCGGCAUGGGCAAAGGUUUGGCAAUUCCACCAUUAGCAAAGGUUUAAUCGGUUGACGGUAUCCUUGGGGAAAGGCACCUGCUUUUAGCAAUGGUUGUUAUUGGCAAAAGGAACACUUUACUCGGCUUGUAGAAAACUCUGGACUAGGCUGAAGCAAUUAGUCUCCCGUGUCAACUACUCAUUUCUGUUUAUCGAUUUUCUAUGCUUUCGUUCCUCUCUUCCCCGAAGAAAGUAUUCCUCGCCUCGCAUAGAAGUCAGUGAAUUGAUGCUCCAAUACGGAUAGAAGUUAGUUCUUCCUCAGGUAAGAGAUCUGAAUCAUGCCAAAAUGAUGGUGCAGUUCAUUCCAAUCCCAAUGCGUCUGUUCGCCUAGCCUACUACCCCUAGCCUUUAUCCUACUAUCCUCGUAACUAACUGUAGUUCAUCCAUCGAUAUCCAUUCCUCGGCAUCCGUUAAAGGGUACCUUUAUCCCGUUAAAAGGUUUCGGCUCGGCUUUAGGGUGGGUUUCUCUUUUAAACCAGCCUAAUCGAAUCCAGGAGUAAGGAAUAUACAAUUGGAUGCUUUCCCCCUCCAUACCGGGUAAUGAUUGGUAUGGCAAGGCUAUCCCCAUGAUCAGUUAUCCCAACCGAAUCAUCCCCUAGCGCGAUUCCUAUCCUAAGCAUUCGUUCCUACGAGCCAGAGCAGCAUCCUUUCCUUGAAUUGACGUAUAUGAGCGUUGUUAUCAGGUACGCCAAUAUGAGAUUUUCCGGACUGACUCUUUCCUUUGUUCAUAGAUCGAUCUAAUUACGUAUAUACAGGCUCCGCACCUAGAGGCUCACCUUCUUUCGCCAAUAAUAACGCUAGAGAACGUAGUGAGCGCUAGAGUAGAGAUAUUCCUUUUCAUCUGAGGUUUAUUCCUUCCUAUUCCUUUUACGAGCGCAAUACUAAUCGAAUCCAGUCCCAUGUCUCCGGUUCUGCUCCUAUCCCUCUAACAAAGGCAAAGGGGCACGGUACCAAUGCUAGGCUCUCCUUUUAACAAAGUUAGGAUCAUUCUCAUAUAUGGGCAAAAGUAGUAAACCCGAUUUCCCUUCGGAAAGUAGAUGAUGGAUUUUAAAAAGUUGAUCUCAUAUAGCGGGGAAAUCAAUGAAUAGCAUUUUCACUAAGCUUUGGAAAAGGAAGUGGGUCACCCAUUGCAAAAAAGUUAGGAACACAUAUAGGCGAAAGUACUACUUUUUAAUUCAACUAUAACUGAGCGGAACCUUCCUUUUGGGGCAAGGCACGGCAACAACGGAAAGGUUAACCAGGAUAAAACAAACCUAGUACUACGCCCUCCAAACAGAUCGUAUCCUCGGCUAUUUCAUUAGAAAUAUAAAAAGCAUAUUUCCCUGGCGUCAACCCCGGAGGGUGUAGAAACCAUUUCUUUUCCUUUGCUACUAGAUACGAUGCUUUUCGUGUAGGCUACGCUUUUCGCAAGUAUUGUUUAUUUGUUCCGAAUAGAGUAUGCCUUGGUUUAAGAGAGGAGGCAUCUGGAUAGCUAGGGAUAUUGACACGGAUAAGCUCUUAGGCAAAGCAAGGCAUCUGCCAACUUGUAUGCAUCACCCUGUGCUUUUGCACAUCAAUGGAAAAGAUAGGAACAGCGAAUCCUUGUAGGAGACGGGUUGGUUUACCGGUGCAGUUCAUAUGCUUCCUUGCGCUAGAAACCAAUACGCACGUACGAGGCCUACGAUUCUCUAGUUGUAUUGGCAAGGGAAAGAAGAUGCUAUGGGAAUGUUUGGAAUGAAAUAGCUUAGGAAAGGCAGGAUCUGCUGAUGAAAGUGGGCCGGAGCCAGAACUAGGAUAGGGAUCAGAUUGGGAGCAGGUUAGAUGCAACCGCCGGGAGGACAAUCCGACUUCGAAGUACGAGCAGGGAUAUUCGAUAAAAGGAAUUCCAAUCGGAAUAAAGGGUGAAUUCGAUUAGUUGAACAGGCAGCAGAUGAAGUGAUGGGAGCUAGCUCACUUCCUUCAAUGAACGGAUUUGCCUUGAUUUGAGAUUUCUAAUUGAAUCAAACUCUCGCCCUUUUGAGAUUGAGUUACUUCCUUGCCUGGGCUAGUCGUAAUCCCUUCUUCUGUACAAGAUGGUUAGAGCUAACCCCAGUACUACUCCUUUGGCUGCAGAGUACCACCUCUUCCUCAACUGGAUCUGGUAUUCUUCCUCGAACCAGUGCUUCCUCGGAGGAUGGUUCUACUUACUGUCCCCUCUACUUUAGGUUUGGAGUUCAGCUACACCUUUUGGCUUUGCAUGAAUGCCAUUUUCCUCUGUGUCUCUUUCCUGCGGGUGCUUGGUCUUUUGCUAAACUUGUUAUUUGGCUCUCUUCUUUGUCCCUAGUUCCUGUUUCAUGCCGAGUUUCUAUAACAGUACCUGCAUCCUGCCUUUUAGCUUAUCCGUGGACCAGUGCUCUUUCUUUCCGCUUUGAACGGACGCCUACAACUAGAUAAUUUGUCGGAUGACAAUACAAUACUACAAGCAGGAGGGGACACAAAUCCUUUAGAUUUCGCUAGUGCAACGCUCGUAUUGACCUUUAGCUCGUGGGAAUCAAUCGUAGUUUUGAUUUCAUAUCCUACGUAGUAUUUGCGUGGGCCUCGCUCGUAUGCAAGGAAUAGGUUUAGGAACAGGGCUAGCGAAGGAAGGGACCAAGGAAGGAAUUCGUAGCCCAGAACCUUAAGCAGGAGCUCAUAACUACUACGAAUGGAAAGAUUCCAGCUAUUGAAGCUUAAAAUAAAAGAACAGAAGAAAAAGAUAGAGAGGUUCAAGUUGAUGGAAUCCAAAUCUUAUGCUGAUUCCAGUGAUGAUGACAUAUUUGCACAUAUAUCAUAUUCCACUUGAUCGAUAUACCAAUUCCUGAAAAAAGAAGAAGAUAGUGUUGUGUUAACCAGUUGGAAUGUCAUGAAAGCACUUACUUCCGAGACAGCCUGUCCUCGGCUAUUUCAUUAUCAAAAGGAAGUAUUGGCAAGGCUGUAACAUUACAUGCAGGUCCUAGCCUACGUUCGUUGGUUCAGAUCUACUCCUAGCAGUGAGAGCCGGAUAUGAAUACUAAUUUGUAGGCUACUUCGCAAUGAACACCAGAGCUAUAUGUUUGUUUAUUCACCUAGUUCCUAUGUCCGCCUUUUCCGCGCCCGCUCUAUCUCUAGAUAUAUCUCUUUAUAAUCCAUCUCAGAUAAGUAAUGGUAGUCUUGAUCAUCCCUAUCAUCUUCCUCUUCCCAGCCGUCUACGCGAAAACCAAAGAGAAUCAGAGAGCCGAAGGACCUCAAACAAAUAGCUGGUUGCGUUAAAGAGGCGUGGAUACUUGCAGGAGAUUGGAACACGUAUGCCGAUCCGACCGAGGCAGUCCAGGCAAAUGCAUGAAGUUGAAAAACAGGAUCGACGAAUGUAAGCUUCUCGACACACCACCCAGCCUAUGAAAUCCCUACCUACCAUUCCAAGACCCAAGUCUGUAAUUCCUACUGCCGUGCUCCAUUCGGAAAACAGGCCUUAGAACGCUAGUUACUCGACUGUGCCUUCAAGGAAGGUCUGGAACCUGAGAGGUGAGUUCUGAGAAGCCAACCGCAUUCAUUGGUUUUGAAAAAGAAGAAAGAAAGUAAAAAAGGCUUAAUUACUAAAUAUGGCUAUCUUUAACUACACCACUUUUUCCAACGUUGCUUUCCCUAGGACUUCGUUAUUCGCAAUUAGGAAGGGUGUAGAUGUACGCAGCUUCUCCUCAUGUUGUUGGCCGGAGUAAGGAAGAAAGCGUAGUAGUACAAUGCUGAACAUUCCGGAGCAAUGGAAGUUUAUCUUGCCGCUGUGUAAAGUGUCGCAUUCCCCUAUUCUUCGUCCGAUGCCGAAGCAUCUCCCUCUUAUUAGGGUAGGACCCCUGAAGAAAUUUCCAGAGAUAUACGAGAAGGCGCGAAGCGUGGAUGGAGUUUGCUUAGGGGAAAAGCAGUCCAACUAUGGGCUCAUACUAGUUUGGCAUUAACAUGCUUGGUAUUGGCAUCCCCCUGAAAGAAGGCUAGGCUUAUUCACCUACCUCUUCUUGCUGGAACGUGAGCUAUUGCUUUGGUCAACAACCAACGCUUGGAAAGUAAUAGUUCUAAGAAAGAGCAAACUGCUAAGCCUGAGAAGAAGAAUCAUAAAAAAUCAUAGAAUGCUAACAACCAGCUUCUUCCAGCUUUGUACAUCAUUUAUUGUAUCGUUUAUGGGUGCUUGUACAUCAUAAUAUCCUCUUCAUAUCUUUCCUUUCUCGAGUGAGUGGUGGGAUGGAUGUCCUACCACGAACGGAAGCUGACAGAGCAAUAUCUAUUCAUAUGCUUCGUAAUCCUUGAUUUCCCAAAGAUAAGAUUCCUUGCCAAGCCAAGACUCUUGAGUGGGAUAUUUCAACUACUUUAAAGCGAGGAGGUGAAUGAGCAAGCAAAAGGUAGGCUAGGCGGUCUCGCCCAUCCCAUGAUUGGUGGACUUCCUGCUAUUUCAGAGUAAGCAUCAGCAUCUCUUCCAUCUUGUUCUGGGCCAAGCAAACCAACUAUUUAGUCCAGGCACUCGUAUUGAAAUGGAAAACAUGCUUCUUUCUGCUAUCGACCAAUCCGGAUCCGAGAAUGAUCUGCCCCAUCGUUAUUAGUAAAUGUGGGGUGUAGUGCUGGAACCUUUAGUUCUGUGGGCGUACAAAGCAUGUGGCUUGUUUGACUUGACCUAUGGGAUGGGGGUACCAAUCUUCGUUGCAUUCAGGAUUGACCUGAGGAAUGGGCCGGAGUAUCAGAAUAGAUGUGCUUCGUGCGACUCGUUUCGACUAGCAUGAAAUCCGGAAUAACAAGAAACCCUUGUGCAAGUCGAUGAUUGAUUGCUUGAGAAACAGAAGUAUGACAUCUCUUUUUUCUCGUAUUACAACAACUAGGCUAUUCGGAUUGCUUUGCAUGCUAUUCUUCGAGUCGAAGCUUGUCCCACCUAAGUGCCGUGCUUCAUUCUCUGCGGCAAACCUCAAAUCACUCAAAUAAAAAUCAUAAUAACCGAGGCCCGAGGCUAGUCUUCAUUCUCGUAUCCCGAGGCGGCUUUCUCUAUCUUUAACCCGAGGCUAGUCUUCCUGGGGAGGAGUUUCUUGCCCGGUUCCUAGCUUUGGCUGGCAGGUUGAAAGUUGCGUAUUCAUUCAAUAGAAGCAGAUCCCUAAUCUCGAUUAGUAACCUUUGUAGGUCAUUGUUCUGUCAGGGUUUCGAGGGAUAGGGGCUGGCCGACCACCGGAUCAAGAGAAGCAUUAAGGAGAAGCAACUUAGAUUGAAGCUUUUCAGGUCGAUGACUUUAUAUCAAAAUUUAAUAUAACUUUUUAUGUUCGUCACAUUAGUAGUGACUCACUCCCUUACCCAAGUAAAGUCAUGAAAUACUUCUCUUUACUAGAUCCUGGAUCCUGGCUACUCUACUUACUAGAGCUAGAGCUCUACUCACUUCAGUAAGAACCUUCCUUCCGGUUGUCACAUUUCUAGCUAGUGAUAAAGAUCUCUUUCGAGUUCGGAGCAGGGAGGAUAGCGAAGCGAUUCAUACAUAGCCUUUCAAGGUAGUGGAACUGGCAAGUGUCUGGAUUGGAUGGACUUCCAUGCUUUGGCGGAACACUUCACUUAAUGAGUGAUGCCCAUUAUACUACAAACCUUUUUGAGAGAGGACUUUGCCAACUAGGAAGUCUGCUAUCCCAACCAAUCGACCAGGAUCGAGUGCACGAAUCGCUUGACCUAGUAUGAUAUAAAGUGCCUCCUUCGAGUGCAUCUAUAGAGCAUCCUUUCUGCAUCCUGCAUCUGCUUCAGGAAUGGAUCAAACUAGGUUGUCGGCGGAAGUAGUGGUAGUGGCAAGGUAUCCAUGGUUUUCGGUGGAAGUAGAGUAUCCACUUAAUCGUCUCCUGUAUCAUUCCUUUAGCUUGCGGAGGCCAGGUUGUAAAAACCAAUUAAUUGCUUUAGCAAAGAGUCUGGCUCGACUUCUUACCUUGAAAUCUGGAAACUUCCAUCUAGAUCGUCGUGGCAACUCCACUUCCCCACUCUUUCCGCUUUGAAGCGUUUCUCUUAAAGACAAAUGGGUUCUCUUUCUGUCUUCGUAUCCAGAAGCUAGAGAUAGGUUCGGUAGUAGGGCAUGGUUAAGUCCGUGUCAGAAUGAAGUCAGGGUUUCCGGGUGCCUUGUUGGAAUCUUACUCGUAAAAACGAGUGCCUUGUUGGAAUCUUGCUCGUCAAACUAGUAAUAUAUCGUAUUUAAACGUAUGCGAGGAUUGCUUUCUUCUUUCGUUCUCAAACUGAUCGAAUCAAUGGCCAGGAUAGGAAUGUUCCCUGAGAAGAGGGCAGGGCAGAGAAGAAGGCCGAGUAGAAAUACCUCCGAUCUCGAUUCCUUUCAUGUUUUGGUGCCGCUAGCCAUCAUUCCUCGUUUCUCGAGAAUCUCCGUUGAUGUCGUUUCCAGAGAAUGGCUUAAGUGUUGAACUUCUAAAAACCAUGGCCUUAUCCAAAUAAACUGGUGAAAGCACCAUCCUUAUCUAGAGAAAAUAAGUGACUUGAUUGACCCGUUUCCUUUCUGGGUCUGGUGAUGGUUUAGCUUCCGGUGUCCCAGGAUGUGGUAGUAUUUAUUGGUCCCCAACCAACCAUGCCUUGCGCCUAACUUGACUCUGCAGCCCUUGCUUCAAAGUAGCCAGCCGACGAAACCAAUGUUAGAGCCUGUAACUUAGGACAGAACAGCCUUGCCUUUCUUAAACAAAAGAGGGAACUGCCUUUCCUUUCUCAAACAAACCUGUACUGGGUGAAUGAAAAAAAGGAAAUAGCUGGUUACUUUUGAGAGUACAGCUGCCGAAACAGCUUCUUCCUGUAGGCGUUAGCCGAUUUAGUAUCAGAGGAGUACCUGUGAAGUAAAACUUUUGUCUGUAGCUCAACAAGUUCCGUUUUCUUGUAAUAAUAGAAGUUCAGUGCGGAACAAGAUAAGUUUUUCCUUUACAAUGUUUUUUAUUACCAUACUACAGUACAACAGUAAGUUCUUUCUUCUGACCAGAGCCAGCGCUUUAACUAGUUCUACUCUCCCAGCCAGCUAUCCUUCUUCAAACUAGAGAGAGAGCUAUCCAUAUUCCUAUUCCUGUGACCUAUCCUUAUAUCUCGAGCACUACUUCUAUCACCGAUUUCUUACUUCUCUCCCAACUUUGCCUAACAACCCGAAUCUCUUUCCUGUAGCUAGUCGCUGAUAGUCAGUCUAUCUCCUUUCCUUGCAAACUCUCUAAGCUUUAGGUAGUUCGCCGUGCGAUGGGCCUGAGGAUCUAUUCCAAAGGGUGAUGGGUCGUGGGUACGACUCUUCAGAAGGCGCUUUUGCCAACCACCGAGCACCAACAAAUGAAGAGAGUUACCACAAGUAUGAGACCACUGAAACUACUUCGCCUGCUUUGAAUCAGAGCAAACUGCUUUUAAGUAUAAGACCACCAAUCUAGUACGCAACCAUUGCCUAUUAUGCCAUCCAUAUUGUUGACUUUCACAGACCCACUAUGACUGCCUACGCCCAUAUAGAUAGAGAAAAGUUCACCUAAGGAUAAUAAAACGUUUGAGGAAGGUUACCGCUUACGAUAUACCUAUAUAUAGAUAGUGUAGUGUUGUAGUGUGUUAAGUAGAUCGGUCCCAUAUAAAGUUGCAAUGUAUCUGCAAUGAGUUCAUCUACUCCGGGGUGUUCUCCGCACUUCUCAAGAAAGAAAUAGUUGGAAAUUCCCCGGAUCGUCUGCGCUUGGCUUGGUAUUCUUAUACUGAAUCGCUGUUGGAUAAAAGAAAGCAUAAAGUUUUUAAGCCUGCGUUCUCGUUGGCGAAACCACUAGGAGGCAACCAUGAAAGCGGUUUCUAUGUUUCGAUCGAACCAACACAGCUUUACGCUUCUUUCCAACUCUACCCACGCUUCGGGUUCGCACUUACUUUACGCCUUACCGAACUUGGGCUUAGUUCAGCCAGCUUCGUAACAUGCCUGCUCAAAGUGAGUAGUUGGAAGUUCCUGUAAGCAUCUUCCCAUGAAUUGACGUAUAUAAGCGUAGUUAUCAGGUACGCCGUGAGCUGGAUUCUAUCCCCGAGGAUAGAGAUUGAUGGGUAAUAGUUUUGAUAGAAAACUCGUAUGUUAAGUUCUCUAGUUGAUGUGAUGCGGCUCGAUUCAUCAUUGCUCUCACAUCAAUGUUUUCGGUUCCCUUUUUACUCUCCCAUUUUCAUAGAGAAAGAUGUUCUGAUUCAGUUCUCUCUGAAAAGGAGGGGCCCUUAGGGACACAGUAGUACCAUUUCCAUUGUGCGAAAGGUCGUGUCCUGGUAGCCUCUCUGCUGUAGACGGUCUCAUUGGUAAAUUCUUCCAUUUCUGAAAUUGUCAAAUCGAGAUUGUGUGGGUGUUCAGUCUACUCUACCGCUCAUGAAAAGAUUUCGUUGGGUAGAACCAAGUCUCUUUUGGGAGCAGAUUGUAUUUGAUUUUAUAUAGUUACUCCAUGAUGAUGAUGACUAGAUGGAGUUCCACUGAUAUGAAGAGAAGAAAUAGAAUAUUGGCUAAUAUGGUGCCAAUUCGUAAUUUAAGUUUACCUGAUUAUUAUGAAUAUGAAGAAGAAUACCCUCCAGUUUCAAGAGAGGCAACCAGAGGGGUCUGUAUACUCCUACGAAUAGACAGAUAUUUAUCUUCAAUUGGAAGGAGCAUUCAAGACCGUGAGGUUCUACGCGAUUUCCGCCAACGGUUACUCUUUCCCCAACGCGAGGCUGGGCACAGCUUUUCCGAAAUAUAUGAUGAUAUACGAGCGCAUGGGGUAGAAGCAAGUCGAUUGGGUCAGCCUCUAAGAGAUCUGUACGAUGAGAUGGAAAGGAACGGCGAGAUAGUAAAUAACGGCUCAAUCAUUAUCCCUGGAGGCGGCGGACCAGUAACAGAAAGCCCAUUGGAUCAAUUUGGAAUUCACCCAAUUCUGGAUCUGAAUAUUGGCAAGUACUAUGUCUCAUUCACAAAUCUAUCCUUGUCUAUGCUACUCACUCUCGGUUUGGUCCUACUUCUGGUUUUUGUUGUUACGAAAAAAGGAGGGGGAAAGUCAGUGCCAAAUGCAUUUCAAUCCUUGGUGGAGCUUAUUUAUGAUUUCGUGCCGAACCUGGUAAACGAACAAAUAGGUGGUCUUUCCGGAAAUGUGAAACACAAGUUUUUCCCUUGCAUCUCGGUCACUUUUACUUUUUCGUUAUUUCGUAAUCCCCAGGGUAUGAUACCCUUUAGCUUCACAGUGACAAGUCAUUUUCUCAUUACUUUGGCUCUUUCAUUUUCCAUUUUUAUAGGCAUUACGAUCGUUGGAUUUCAAAGACAUGGGCUUCAUUUUUUUAGCUUCUUAUUACCAGCGGGAGUCCCACUGCCAUUAGCACCUUUUUUAGUACUCCUUGAGCUAAUCUCUCAUUGUUUUCGUGCAUUAAGCUCAGGAAUACGUUUAUUUGCUAAUAUGAUGGCCGGUCAUAGUUCAGUAAAGAUUUUAAGUGGGUUUGCUUGGACUAUGCUAUUUCUGAAUAAUAUUUUCUAUUUCUUAGGAGAUCUUGGUCCCUUAUUUAUAGUUCUAGCAUUAACCGGUCUGGAAUUAGGUGUAGCUAUAUCACAAGCUCAUGUUUCUACGAUCUCAAUUUGUAUUUACUUGAAUGAUGCUACAAAUCUCCAUCAAAAUGAGUCAUUUCAUAAUUGCAUAAAAACGAGGAGCCAAUCAUAGAACUACAUAUGGUCUGAUACUACUAACUUCCUUGAAAAGUGGAAGAGUAGUUAUGUAGGCAGUUGCCGUUCCAGAAAUGUAGCGGUUGCUCGACCAAAGCCGGUCAUCAAAGAGUCAGUAAGUAGUAAUUCUAUCAAUUACCAAUUCGUGGAAUUCUCAUGUUCCAAUCAAUAAGUGUGUCUACUUAAAAGUAAGUUCAACUUGCUUGUGUUAAGCUUUGCUCGAACUUGAUUACUUCCUCGCUCUCCUUCACUCGGUCAAGGGAUUCACCUUUACCUCGUUCUGGUCUUCCAGCUUGAAAGACAAGGUCCUUAUUCAAAACUGGCUCCUUCGAGUUAGUCUUUAUUGUUUCAUAGAAAGGCUUCCUUCUACGACUGGAGUGAAAUCCUCUAUGCUGACAUAAGCGGAGAGGCAAGCAACAACCAUUAUAUUGAACCUGCCCUGAAGGCUUUGUUUGCCUAAGUGCAUAAGUCAAAGAAGGGUUUUCUUGCCGAAAGCAGUGUUCAGACCUCAAUCUGUAGCGGCGCACUUCCCUCUUAUGAUUGCUUUUCAAGGACAUCCGGAUAAGGGGACUGAGAGAGUAGAUAUGGGACUUUUCCUCAUAAAAGCCUAUAUAGGUGGGUGGUAUGAUAGUAAGUCUUUUCCUACUGAUGUGUUCAGUCGAUGGCUUGAUUCUCCUCCGGGCGUGAAUUGGAAGGGCCAAGGGUUUACAAUGAAACAAAUUGCGUAUAAUUUGCACGGCGAUACGAACAGUAUAGAAUUUCUGCACUCCUUAUAUGCAGACUUAGUUAGUCAAGGGAAGGGGUGCAUAGCCAAUACUUCCUUCUCAGAAGUGGCUACGAACCACGGUGUCGGGGGUUCGAAUCCACUUCUGAGCGGGCUGGCGGCUCCACCGGGAGCGAGCCUACUGAAGGAAAGUUUUAUUGUUGAACUUCUAUUUUUAUCCAAUAUUUAUCUUUUGUUUGGAAAAACCAAACCCACAUAUUGAUCUUUAAGUCUCCCUUUCUCUUUUGGGAGCAGAUCUUUCAAAGAUGGGAAAUUCCAAUGAUUCUUUCCGUUUUGUCGAGCCCUGCUUUGGUCUCUGGUUUGAUGGUUGUACGUGCUAAAAAUCCGGUACAUUCCGUUUUGUUUCCCAUCCUAGUCUUUUGCGACACUUCUGGUUUACUUAUUUUGUUAGGUCUCGACUUCUCCGCUAUGAUCUUCCCAGUAGUUCAUAUAGGAGCUAUUGCCGUUUCAUUCCUAUUCGUGGUUAUGAUGUUCAAUAUUCAAAUAGCGGAGAUUCACGAAGAAGUAUUGCGCUAUUUACCAGUGAGUGGUAUUAUUGGACUGAUCUUUUGGUGGGAAAUGUUCUUCAUUUUAGAUAAUGAAACCAUUCCAUUACUACCAACCCACAGAAAUACGACCUCUCUGAAAUAUACGGUUUAUGCCGGAAAGGUACGAAGUUGGACUAAUUUGGAAACAUUGGGCAAUUUACUUUAUACCUACUAUUCCGUCUGGUUUUUGGUUUCUAGUCUGAUUUUAUUAGUAGCUAUGAUUGGGGCUAUAGUACUUACUAUGCAUAGGACUACAAAGGUGAAAAGACAGGAUGUAUUCCGACGAAAUGCCUUGGAUUCUAGGAGGACUACUAUUCAUAUUCAGAACAGAAGGUUCUUCUCCCACAAAGGGGAUGACGCACCUGUCCCCCCCGCUGAUCCGGAAUCCAUUUAAUCUGAUUUGGCAGAGAGAAUAGAAAGGAUUUAUAGGCGGGCCGGGGAGGAGCAAUCUUUAGUAGAAGCCGGGACUACGCCAAGGGAACUUGUAGAUAACGUCCUGCCAGAGGGGGCGGAGCUACCGCUUCUACAAGAAACCUGGGUUCAGUUUGUACGGGACGAGUCACACAGCGAGUUUUGGGUAGAGAUCGAUUCGAUAAUCUGCUAAGGAAAUAUGGGCACGCGGCGCGCGGUGAGCCCGACACCCCCGAUCCCGAUGCUCGAGCCUGAUGCCCCUCAAUCAGGAGGAGGCGACUCAGCGGGGAGCACGGGGGAAGAAAAUUGUCCGGGGGCGGGGAAGGAAAGUAGGAACCUCCGAAGGCCCGCCCGAGUCAAGGAAGCGCAAAAGUUAUUCUGAUUCUGAUUCCGGGGGGGAUGAUGGGAGUGACCCUGCUCCGGAUCCUUCUCCUUUCUUUUGAUUUUGACUAAAAUGAGAGGUGGAGAAAUUGAGUUCUUUUGAGCAGCGUUGUCUGUAGUAGAGUAGCUUUUUUUUUUUUCUUUUACAGAAAGAAGGCGAGGCCCACCUGCCUUCUCUAGGUACUUUACUUGGAAAGGUGUCACCGCCUUCCUUCUUCUCUAGGUACUUUACUUGGAAAGGUAGGUGCGGGAAAGAAGAGCGGGUAUGUGGGCUUCUUUCAAUCGAAACUUUUUUGAAGCCGUCAAACUUUAUCGUUUCAUUAUAGAUGGAUCUAAAACAUUGCGUUGCAGAGUGGAGGCGUGAAGAAGGUUAAGAGAAGCAAGCCAAAGGAAAGAAAAAGCAACUUGAUACAAUAUUGAAGAUAAACACUCAGGAAAGCACUGGGUCAACUGACUCCACUAGCCAGCUUCUGCUUCAGAACUUACUUCAAAGAGGCUGACUUAGCACUUAGCAUAAUGCUUUUGUUCCGGUGCAUAAAAGUAAGUGAGCAGGUGGGUGAGUCCAAAGGUUUUUCCGAAGCGCGAAGGACUUGCAGUUCUAAAAUAGGAAGGGCUCUGUACUCAAAUCAAAGCAAAGUAGUAGUUUCAUAGGUCGUUGUGCUAGAGCUAAGAUUUAUAUGAAAGUGUGAGGGGAAGCCAUUUCCAGCUUCUACUUUCUGCGAACCGGGCUCAUUACCGGCCUACAGUAGCAUUCUACUGUGAGCUUUCUCACUGCGGAUCGCCUUGAUUCACUGAUCGUUGACAGCUACUCAGGAGAGGUUAUCCUUUGCCAGACUUUGUGUUGAGAUGAGUUCUCCGCUUCCCGAAAAGAUGAUUUUUGUCAAUCAGCGUAGAGUGGUGGAUUAUAAAGUGGUACAGUCCGAAUGGGUUGGUUCAAGCUAGCUGUUCUUACUGAACAGGUGUUUUAGCAUUCUUUUCGAAUUCGAAGUUGCGGGGUGCUUUGGCUUUUCAAAGUUCUCAAAGAGAAUAAAGUAAAGGCGCUACGCGUGGAUCGAAUUAAAGUAACGUAAGGUUUCGUAAGAAACAAUUGAAUAAGCGUAUCAAAGAGAAUGAGGUCUAGCACUCCGAAAUACCAUUGAGAAAGAGCAAUAGAACAAGGUUAGAAUAAGAUCUCCAAAAUGGUUGAUGACUCCCACAACUUGUCAGGCUGCAUUCCCGUGAAAUUGUUUUGGGACAAUUCCAGUUUUACUAUCUAUGCGGUAGCUCAGCCAAGUAAUCUGGUAUCUCACCAUUAAGACGGUUACCUAGCAAGUUCAGCUCUGUGAGGUUCUUGCAUCCUUUAAAUGAAUGUCUCUAGAAUACUCCCAGUCAGAUUGUUAUUGUGCAAUAUGAGUGACUGCAGAGAGUUGGCUUGACAUAUCUCGGCUGGGAUAGAAUAGAACCUGAGAGCUGGUUGGUUUCUGCAGAGAAACUAACAAGAUGCUGCAAUGGCAGCGCUGGCAGAGGCCCACGGAACAUGUUUUCUGCAAGAGAUAUGGAUCGAACACUCGCCCUGUUCCGUAUCCAAUCUGGAAUAUGACCCGUAAGUUUGUUCCCUUCAACGAAAAUUGUGGCAAUAGCUUCUAAAUCUGCAAGUUCUUCAGGGAUAGAGCCUGUGAAGGCAUUGAAGGGACGGACAGAUUUUUGAGCGUAAGCUUCUUGCAGUUACUAAGCUCUUUUGGUAUGCUCCCACUGAGCCCAGCACCUUUGCAAACAGCCGAGUUAGAUUGCCCAGCUCACCGACAGAUGUUGGCAGUUCAGCAUUGAAGUAGUUCUCUGAUAUAUAAAGUUCCUUCUUUUGAGACCACCAAUUGACCAAGGGAUGGUGCCUGUGAACUUGCAUCCGGGGAGUUGAAGAACUUUUAGCAGCUUCAGGUUACCAAUCUCUUCUGGAAUGCUUCCACUAAGACCAUUCUGUCUCUAAAUUAGCAAUUCCUUAUUUUCCAGUUGACCAAUCUCCCUAGGUAUUGGCCCCACCAAACUGUUUGAUGAGAGAUCAAGUGUCAACUGGUUCACCAACGCAGUUAUUCCCGGGAAUAUUUAUCCCGUGAGGUUAUUCUGGCUUGCAUCAAGGUGCUAGAGCCGAGACUGGUUACCAAAAGCAGCUGGUAUCGACCCGUUGAAUGUGUUCAUGUGAAGGUCCAGGAUAUCCUCGAGGAUGAAGGCCAGAUCACGCCCAAUUCGAUCCUUGAAAGACCCAUUGCACUACAGCGGCAGCUCGGGCUCGAGCAACGGCGGGAGAUAAGUCUUCUCUUCAUUCAGCAUUCAGUCUAUCUUCGGAAAGCAGCAAUAAUUGAUGCACGCAGACGAUGGUUAAAUGCUUUCUUGAUUUACUACUAAUAGGUGGUGUCUAGACGCUAGGAAAAAGUGAGGAUUAUAGCUUCUGCCCCAUAGACCAUUCGGAAAGGAGUCUGUCCCUUCGGUCUUAUAUGUUAGUAUAGGUUGGUUCUUCCGAAUGCACAUAAGACCACUGGUCACCCUCAAUCCUUAGCAUUGAACUUGACUGAUUUGGCUAAGAUCUGGGGAACUAGAGCAGUCCCCAGAGGGCACUACACAAGGCAGGAGAGGCAAUAGCGAAGCGAAGCCCUAGUUCAAUCGAGGAUGGAUUCAUUGAGUGGGCGAGGAAGAUGAUUGGUAUGGGAAGAUCGGUCUUUCACUAAUGGAGCAUCUCCACCCUAGCCUUGAAGUUGAACAUCCGGGGAUAUCUAAAUAUUGAACCAGUGAUUAAAAAGAAUGGCAAGACUGCGGUUGAAGUCCCAGCUGGAAAUCCAAAUUGCUCGAACACAAAAAAUCUAGACAAAGGAAAGAAACCUGGUUUGCAUAUUUUCGUAUAUGCCCAACUAAUCUAUCGCAUAGGAAGAUCGCCCCUGUAAGUUUAUUUCACACAUUAUGUUACUUUGUUUAUGGUGUGGAAAUAAAUAUCAAUAUUCUAACUUGCCGCUUUCUAUGGAUGCAUCCUCUACUCUAGUGCUUACCUGUCCUACUUUCUUUAAUUCAUUCCUAUUUCCUCUCCUGUACUUAUAUUUAUCUUGCCUGCGGCAGUUUUGUAAUCAAUUUCUACUAGGGAUAGGGAGCGUGAACUUUCUCUCAUCCAGUGAAUGAGUUACCUGAAGAUCGAUGGCAUAUAAAACGCCCUAAUUCAAUAUAAAAUCUGUUAUUUCACUUUCAAAAUGCCCCGUUCGCACUUGCUUGAGUGAGGCGCAAGCCGUUUUCUUGCUAGGCAAGAUAGGUCAACGGAUAGCUUGUUGGUUGAUACGGGACCCCUUCUCAACUUCAUGUGUUUUGUAACUGCCAUAAAGCAAGGCCAUAGUCCAACAUUCCAUCCUUUUCCACCGCUGUAUUGGCUUCUGCUUCUCUUCCUUUUGCCGAGGAAGAUCUGCUUCUCUUGCAUCCUCCAGUCUUAAAUUCCUAUCCGUACUAGACUAGACCUUCCCUUAGCCAUCAACCUACCGAACCCAGGAAUGAGAUCCACAAGGAAAGAGAUUGGCAGAAAUCCAGAAAGAAUGAUGCACAAGAAAUGGUUAGAACCUCGAGAAUAGAUGCGAAUAGCAGCUCAGAUCAGAUCCGAGAUGGAGCAGCAAUAAAGCAAAGAGGAGCAGAAAGGUUCGAAUCGAAUCGCAAGCAGCUGACUAGAGAGAGAUGAGUUGAGAAAUAAAGACUAUCCAAAUAUUGGAUAAGUUGUUUCGUAAUUCAUCUUUGUCAUUGACUUCGGCCUCUCAUUUAUCCUUAUUUGGUAGCUGAGAAGUGAAGCACAACAAAGUUUUAAUAGAUCUCUUCCUGUCAUUCAAUAACCAUCCUUUAUUUUUGCAGUAUAGAGAAGUGAUUAGCCGGUGCCCAGGAUAAGGUAGUGGAACUGGUGCGUAUCAGGUUUGGCAUUAGCUCUUUUGAAUAAUAGAGCUGAGCAGCUAAGAACAGAUAGCAAUCUGGAACAGCUCUGAAAUGCAAAUAAAAUGAUGAUUGGUCCUAGCUUAUGGGUUGCGAUAAGACAGUUUCGAAGGUUCUAGCCAUCUCAAGGAAGUAUAUAAGUAGCUAUCGGCACCUUUUGAAGAAGGAGGCUCGGUAGCAGAGAUGUUGAGUAAAGUCUAGAUGACACGAACCCUAGCAGAUCUGCUAUAGCAAAGUGGUAAGUUACCAGCGGUGUCGAUAGAAUAGAAGAGAAGCAUCAGAGCGAGCGUUAUAGAUCAGUCAGCAUUAGCGACAUCAAUUCUGCUACAGUUUUGUUAAAGAAAGGUGAAUACAUUCUAAAAAGUCUAAAACUCAUCUUAUUUCUUAAAGAGCAUAUAACAACAAACGAUUUCACUUACAAGGGGGUGCAGCUGCAGGAACUGGGUGCUGUGCCGCCCGCUGCCUACUUAAUGUUUCGCUUGCCUUCUACACUUCUGCAAUGGGAGUCACCACAUGAGAUGCUAUUUUUCACCUUUCGCUAUUAUUCGCUCUUGCGUGUCUUUGGAGCCCGAUCUUUCCCUUGCUUACGCCCCUAGAAACUCCGUGAAAAAACCACCUCGUUUUUCCAUAAAUAAAGGAUUCCUAAUAAAGUUUUUACAUAUCAUAUCCCAGCGGUAUUUUUUUAAUAAUUUUUGCAUAAAUAAAGUAUAAUUUCCACAAAAUAACACUUUUAGGCGCCCACUUGAAAUUCAACUUAACGUUGGACGUUGACCAGGCCCUCUCUAUUGCCAGAAUUGGGGACUGGCUCUUCUCCACAACUAGAAAACACAGAACUGCCAGAGGUUUGGUCAUAACCAGCACGCACCCUCGCCAAUUUCGUUCUAAGCUCAAUCCAAGAUUGUGAUCGGGUUGCCUUUCGAUAUAACUUGGUUCAAGCUUGGAUCCAGUGGAUAGAUACUUUAAACGAUGGUAGGAACGGGAGCUACCCUGGAUCACUUGAGGAAGUAAGAACGCAAGUCUCUCAGUUGAAAUUAGAUCGUUCCAGGAUAAUAGCUGAAGCGGCUGAGAACUCCCAAAGAGAAGAGAACCAGCUUAAGGAGCAGGUAUCCGGAGUAUCAGCAAGCUAUAAAUAGCUUUAGGAUUGUAUGAAUAGAGUUGAGGAUCAAGUAUCCCUCAUAUUUAGAUCCCCCGUUGGGAAAAGCCCCUUUUUUAAAUCCUUUCACGCUUUCCCUUUGCCGAAGGCCGGCCUCUUUAGUUCCUACGUUUUCGGAAAAGAAGGUGAGACGCUAGCUAGCAACGGGAAAAAACGAGUAGUUAAAGAUGUGAAUGUAAGACUACUCGAAAGUACUUCCAUUUUUAUUAUAUUAUAUAGUUUCUAAUAGAGAGUACAGUUGUAUCUAUGUGCGAAACGACGAAAGAAAGAUGGAAGGCCCAAAGAGCUCUACAGUAGUGCCCCGGAAUGGGGUCGUAGAGCCGGUAACCCACUCUGUUUAGUAUUUUGAUUUCGUUCAAGGUGUUGCUCUGUCAAAUAGAGAUUGUGUGGGUGUUCAGUCUACCACUCAUGUUCACGUUCUACAAAUCUAAGGGAGUGCUCCUAGACUGGACGACUUCCCGUAAAUAACCUAGUUCAUGUUCCUUUGAAAGAAAUAAAAUGAAAGCUUUUGAAGCGAAGAUGUCAACGCGGUGCUAGGUUUGCGCCGGCCACGAUUAUUUAUAAGUAUAUUGGAAAGAAGAGUGACUAGGCUACGGUCUAACUUUUUCUUCCUAGCGGAGUUCAAUACGAAAAUAAAGGCGCUCCGCGUUGGGAAUGGCGUACGUAGUACGGGUGGUAUUUCCGGUAUAACUGAUCAGGGUUGUUCUGAAAGCAAGUCAAUUGGUGCUUUGGAAAGUGAGUGCCAGAGGCUAGUCACUGCUUGGUUUACAGAAGGGAAGGAAGAAAGAGAUACCGAAGCAGAUUCAGUAUAGAAAAGAAGAAAUUGAUACCAUUCAUUCCAGCUUAUUUGAUACCCACUUAAAGUUUCUAUCAAACCAUGUCUUUUUCUUCGAACGUCAAUCUCGUAGGAAUUUAGAUUGGAAGUGUGGUAUUGAAGGGCGAAGCCUUUACUCUUUUACUUGUUUCUUUGAAUAUAAUAUAACAUAGUAUUGACUACGCACUUCGAAAGAUAAUGGUGUAUUCCGAGGAUCAGUCCGUUUUUUAUUGAAUUCGCAAAUUGAUAGAUCUGGAUGAUUAAAAGAAUGAUUCUUCCCUGGGUAUUUCCCCGCUACCAUUAUGGAAAUUGGAGCUUUUCAAUUCCAUUUUGGAGAUGCUCGUAACGAUUUUUUUCUUUUGGGUGGGCAAGAAAAGGAUUUGACUCUUGAAGAUAUCAACUCAUACGCCUGCUCCAUACAUUAAAAAACAUUUUGGGUACUUUCUAUUAGAAUGGAUAAAUAGAAAUGGGUACAUUCCUCUUUCUCUUUCCUGGCCAAACUA